CAUUUCACUAGAACACUCUAUCUCACUCCUUCGUCGUCAUCUCUGUUCCAGUGGAAGCUAAAACCAUCGCAAUGUCUCUCACUGGUAACCGCUUCUUGAUCCUCCAGACUCCUCCUCCUCGCGCUUCCUUCGUCUCUACACCUCCCUUCUCCCGCCUCCCGCUGAAGCGAGCUUCUCCCGGUGGUGCUACCUCUUCUUCCGCCGUCGCUGGCUGCCGUGUCUUAUCUCCGACAAGGUGUAACACGAUCGUUUCAACUCGCCGACGACUCGUCCCUAUUCGUGCAAUUGACUCAGACAUUCCUCAUCCGAUUAAAGAAUACGAAGAAUGGGACUCAUGGACUGCCAAGUUCUCCGGCGGAGCCAACGUCCCGUUUCUGAUGCUGCAGUUGCCACAGAUCAUCCUCAAUGCUCAGAAUCUUUUGGCCGGAAACAACACCGCCCUCUCCGCCGUCCCAUGGCUGGGGAUGUUGACUGGUUUGUUAGGGAACCUUUCGUUGCUUUCUUAUUUCGCAAAGAAGAGAGAAAAGGAAGCAGCUGUGGUGCAAACACUUGGAGUUAUCUCCACCUACGUUGUCCUUGUGCAGCUCACAAUGGCUGGAGCUAUGCCUGUGCAAUAUUUUGUUGCUACUUCCGCCGUUGUGACGGUUGGUUUGGUGUUGAACUGUUUGUUUUAUUUUGGUAAGCUUGGGACGACUGUGUGGGGAUUGUGGGAAGACUUUAUCACUGUUGGUGGACUCUCCGUUCUUCCUCAAAUCAUGUGGUCAACUUUUGUCCCUCUGGUACCGAACAGUAUAUUGCCUGGGGCAAGUGCUUUUGUUAUUGCUGUAGCGGCUGUGAUCAUGGCUCGAACAGGGAAACUCUCAGAGGAAGGUGUUAGGUUUGUUGGUUCUUUAUCUGGAUGGACAGCGACACUUAUGUUCAUGUGGAUGCCAGUUUCCCAAAUGUGGACAAACUUCCUAAACCCAGAAAACAUAAAAGGCUUAUCACCAAUCACAAUGGUACUUGCGAUGAUGGGAAACGGGCUUAUGAUCCCACGAGCAUUAUUUAUCCGCGAUUUGAUGUGGUUCACCGGUUCAAUGUGGGCAACUCUCUUUUAUGGAUACGGGAACAUUCUGUGCUUAUACAUGUUAAACUGCACCAGCAAGUCAUUCUUUGCGGCGGCAACAAUUGGUUUGAUCUCAUGGAUAGGACUUGCUUUGUGGAGAGAUGCAACGGCUUAUGGUCACAACUCGCCGUUUAGAUCACUGAAGGAGCUGGUUUUUGGGCCGUAACACAGUAGAGUUAAAACGCCGGUUGCUUCAAGCAAGCAAGUAUAUAAGGUUUACUUGUUUGUGCCAAGGUACUCAAGGACCAAGUCCAUUGUAUUAUAUCCAAGUUCUUGUAUAAAACGCAUACUCAAUGCUACUAUUACUACUUUCAUUGAAUCAUAAUAGCUGAACCACAAGAUGUUAUAAGCCAAGUAAGCAUUGCUCGGAAACUUAUGGGUUUUAAUGUUUAUUUAUGUAGCCUA